AUGCUAAUACAACACCACACCAACACCACUCUACCGAACACCACUAUAUUCCCACCGUGGUACCACAACACCACAGAAACACCACCACACCAACACCAACCUACCACAACACCACGCUGCCACAACGCCACAGAAACACCACCAACACCAAGCUACCACAACACCACGCUGCCACAACGCCACAGAAACACCACCACACCACGCUGCCACAACGCCACAGAAACACCACCACACCACCACCAAGCUACCACAACACCACGCUGCCACAACGCCACAGUAACACCACCACACCACGCUGCCACAACGCCACAGAAACACCACCACACCAACACCAAGCUGCCACAACACCACGUUGCCACAACCCCACAGAAACACCACCACACCAACACCAAGCUACCACAACACCACGCUGCCACAACGCCACAGAAACACCACCACAUCAAAACCAAGCUACCACACACUCACCACCACUGGUCCUGA